AGAACAGAUAUAAAGGUAGAGUGAGCUAUAGUCAGAUCAUUGAUAUUCUGAUUUCCUUUUAUUGCUGUUUCAAGUGAUCAUCAAUCAUGUCAGGCCGAGGCAAGCAGGGAGGUAAAGUGCGAGCUAAGGCGAAGUCUCGCUCCUCGCGGGCUGGGCUGCAGUUUCCGGUGGGCCGUGUGCACCGGCUGCUCCGCAAAGGUAAUUACGCUGAGCGGGUGGGGGCUGGAGCUCCGGUCUAUAUGGCAGCGGUGCUGGAGUAUUUAACCGCUGAAAUUCUGGAGUUGGCUGGCAAUGCGGCGCGGGAUAAUAAGAAAACCAGGAUCAUCCCCCGUCACCUGCAGCUAGCUAUCCGUAACGAUGAAGAGCUCAACAAGCUACUGGGAAAAGUGACGAUCGCUCAGGGGGGUGUCUUGCCCAACAUCCAGGCUGUGCUGCUGCCCAAGAAAACCGAGAGCCAUAAGGCCAAGAGCAACUAAAAGCCGAAAAAUAAUCUUUCCUCAAAAAAACCCCAAAGGCUCUUUUCAGAGCCACCCACAAAAUCAAGAAAUAGCUGUAUUAUCUCUGAUUUUAUUAAUAGUAAAUGAUAUGUUAAUAAAAAGCUAUGUUUUUGCUCUUAUUUUUGAAAUAUUAAUUAGCAGCAGUUAGGUUUGGUUGUGAGUUAGAAAAUAUGAAAAAUGGGAUCGCUCAUACUUUCUUUAUAGAUCACUUGUCAUUGGGGGUCAGGGAGUGUUUCUAAUCUGACUGGAACCUAAAUAAAUAUCCU